AUGCUUAGAGAGUCAGAGGAGCAGCAGCAGAGAGGCAUUUGUGAAGAUCACAGUGGACUUCCUGAGGAGAAUGAAGCAGGAGGAGCUGGCUGACCGUCUGCAGAGCAAACUUCAAGCUGCAGUUUGUCAUCGUAAACUAAAGUCUAACCUGAAGAAGAAGUUCCAGUGUGUGUUUGAGGGCAUCACUAAAGCAGGAAACCCAACCUUUCUGAAUCAGAUCUACACAGAGCUCUACAUCACAGAGGGAGGGACUGCAGAGGUCAAUGAUGAACAUGAGGUCAGACAGAUUGAAACAGCAUCCAGGAAACCAGACAGACCAGAAACAACCAUCAGACAAGAAGACAUCUUUAAAGCCUCACCUGGAAGAGAUGAACCAAUCAGAACAGUGCUGACAAAGGGAGUGGCUGGCAUUGGGAAAACAGUCUUAACACAGAAAUACAGCCUGGACUGGGCUGAAGACAAAGCCAACCAGGACAUCCAGUUCAUAUUUCCAUUCACUUUCAGAGAGCUGAAUGUGCUGAAAGAGGAAAAGUUCAGCUUGGUGGAACUUGUUCAUCACUUCUUUACUGAAACCAAAGAAGCAGGAAUCUGCAGCUUUGAAGACUUCCAGGUUGUGUUCAUCUUUGAUGGUCUGGAUGAGUGUCGACUUCCUCUGGACUUCCACAAAACUACAAUCCUGACUGACCCUAGAAAGUCCACCUCAGUGGAUGUGCUGCUGAUAAACCUCAUCAGGGGGAAACUGCUUCCCUCUGCUCGCCUCUGGAUAACCACACGACCUGCAGCAGCCAAUCAGAUCCCUCCUGACUGUGUUGGCAUGGUGACAGAGGUCAGAGGGUUCACUGACCCACAGAAGGAGGAGUACUUCAGGAAGAGAUUCAGAGAUGAGGAGCAGGCCAGCAGGAUCAUCUCCCACAUCAAGACAUCACGAAGCCUCCACAUCAUGUGCCACAUCCCAGUCUUCUGCUGGAUCACUGCUACAGUUCUGGAGGAUGUGCUGGAAACCAGAGGGGGAGGACAGCUGCCCAAGACCCUGACGGAGAUGUACAUCCACUUCCUGGUGGUUCAGGCCAAAGUGAAGAAGGUCAAGUAUGAUGGAGGAGCUGAGACAGAUCCACACUGGAGUCCAGAGAGCAGGAAGAUGAUGGAGUCUCUGGGAAAACUGGCUUUUGAUCAGCUGCAGAGAGGAAACCUGAUCUUCUAUGAAUCAGACCUGACAGAGUGUGGCAUCGAUAUCAGAGCAGCCUCAGUGUACUCAGGAGUGUUCACACAGAUCUUUAAAGAGGAGAGAGGACUGUACCAGAACAAGGUGUUCUGCUUCAUCCAUCUGAGUGUUCAGGAGUUUCUGGCUGCUCUUCAUGUCCAUCUGACCUUCAUCAAGUCUCGAAAAAAUCUGCUGGAAGAACAACAAACAACCUCGAUGUUGUCUCAAUUAAUUAGCAAACCAAACCUACAAUCAUCUCUCCACCAGAGUGCUGUGAGCAAGACCUUACAGAGUCCUAAUGGACACCUGGACUUGUUCCUCCGCUUCCUCCUGGGUCUUUCACUGCAGACCAAUCAGACUCUCCUACGAGGUCUGCUGACACAGACAGGAAGUAGCUCACAGAUCAAUCAGGAAACCGUCCAGUACAUCAAGAAGAAGCUCAAGGAGGCUCUUCUGAGGCUGCUGCCAGUGGUCAAAGCCUCCAACAAAGCUCUGCAAAACUCGGUGUACUCGAGACGCUGA